CGGAAAUGAUUUGUGAGAUAUAUGACAAAGCCGUUUCUAUAGAUCCUAACAGUGAAGAACUUCUAUCUCAUCUUUUUAUGGCAUAUGUUAGAAUUAGUGAUUAUCAGAAGCAAAAGCAGACAGCUUUAGCUCUUUAUAAGCUGCAUCCGAAAAAUCCGUACUACUUUUGGGCUGUGAUGAGCAUUGUAAUGCAGGCACAUUCAGCAGAUUCUGAAGCAACAAAAGGCAUUGUGUUAUCAGUAGCUGAAAGAAUGAUUUCCAAUUUCAUCAAAGAAGGCAAAAUUGAGACUGAACAGGAAGUUCAAUUGUAUCUGAUGGUACUAGAAAUGCAGGGAAAACAUAAAGAAGCUUUAGAAAUUCUUAGUGGUCCUCUAGGUAAGAAACUGGACCCGCACCUGGUGAUCACGACUAAAAGAAUUGAUUUGCUGAUGAAACUAGGACUGUGGCAGGAACUCAACCUUUAUCUUAAAGAACAAUUACUUGAUGAGAUAGAUGCUUGGUCAAAUUACUGUCAUUAUUUUACAUCAGUUUUCCAUUUGUGCUGCGGUCCUAUCCUUGAAACUCAAAUCAAAGAUGGAAAUGAUAAGGAACAAAUCAAAGAAAAUGGCAUGUGUCUUCCAAAUGAGAAAAUUAAUAGUCAGCUAGUUGACUCAAAAUUUGACGCUUUGAAUGGAAACCCUGAUAAUAAGUGUCAAACCUUAAUCAAUGGUGUGAAAAAGUUGAUGAUAACACAAGAAAGUAUAAAAAAUGAGGAACCUUGCGGAGAGGAUUCCUGCCAUUUAAAUGGAGAUUUUGGGAAUGAUUCUUGGCAGAAAAACGACAAACAAGAGAUUUCUAAUCAAAGGCAUGAAACUGACAGUAAAAAUGUCUCAGUUGAUGACACUUUAGGUUCUUGUGUCAGUUUUUUAUCAAGAUUAAGAGCUGAAAAUGAGAGACUAAAACAUCCCGUCAGAGGUCCCCUCCUUGCACCUUUAGAGCUAUACCGCAGAUUGACUGAAAGAAAAAUUGAUCCAGUCCCUCUUGUUGGCGAUUUAGUGUCUUUACUCAUGACUUAUUUUAAAACAUUCGGCAGUAAGCAAUGUUGCCUCAGUGAUAUUCAAAAUUAUAUAAUUCUCCUGAACAAAAAUCAAACAAGUGAUCUACUGCUACAGAUACAAGAAUUGGUUGGGCUUCAGCAUAACGAACUACCCUCUGAGGUCUUUCAAAUGCAGCGUCAUGUCAAUCAUUUGCAGAUUUGCCGCUUUCUAGGUUUCCAAGACUCUUCUCAUUUGGACAAAAUGAAACUUGCUGUAUCUUUUUGGAGAUAUUACUUGCAUGGAAAUAAGUUCAACUCUGGUACUGCUAGCUCCAACCCUGGGUAUAAUGAUCCAUAUGUUCUACUUGCAGCACAUGUGUUUUACGACUUAUGGUGGCAAGGAAAUUCAAGUACCUAUCUAAUUUAUGCAGUCACUAUAUUAGAGUAUGCCAUAUCAAUCAGUCCAUCAAAUUAUCAUUUUAAAUUACUUCUUUUAAAAUUCUAUAAUCUACUUGGUGCUGUCAAAGCUGCCUUCAAAUUUGCCCAACUAUUGGACAUUAAGCAUGUGCAGCUAGUCUCUCUGGGGUAUCUGGUUCAAGACCCGCUUAUGGCAUCAGGUCAUUUCUCGAUGUCCACUCAUUUUUAUGAAUCAACUUUAAAAUUCUUCCAGAGUAAUGUGAAAGAC